CUUGUUUUUUAACAUCAUACCCGUCCGAAUUGGGCGGAAAUGGCUGAACACAACUUCGCCAUACCGAUGGCUGUAAUAACGCUGUUUUGGCUGUUUGUUGGCGGAGUUGUCCCGCUGUUCGUUCCCAAGGGGCCGAACCGAGGUGUUAUCGUGACCAUGCUAGUGCUAACUGCGGUUUGCUGCUACUUGUUCUGGUUGAUAGCCAUCCUAGCCCAGCUGAAUCCCCUGUUUGGACCGGCAUUGAGCAACGACACCAUAUGGUACCUUCAGUACCACUGGCCCUAAGACAGUGGCUUCGUCAAAGCAUAAAGAACCUGGACCAAACCUUGCCUUACUGAGUAAAACAGUGUUAAUCAGGAUGUUUGAUUCACAAGCACAUUGACAUGACAAUGUCAAAGAAAAAAAAAGUUUUUGCACUUUUCCUUUCAUUUUCAAAGCUUGUGGCCUUCCUCUGUUUCCAGAUCAGUUCAGGUUGCAUAACAUUUACAUUCUGCAAGUGUCAUAUAAGUGCUGUAUGGAAUGUUGUGCCUUAAGCCUCCAACUUGGUAGGUUACACGGUAAUUGCGAGAGCUCAAGCAGGACAAAAAGCCCCAUUCAGGCCCCUUUUAAGUUUAAGUUUUGUUUCCUUCUUGGGAGUAAUAGAUGCUAUUAUUUAGUGAAGGACUUGGCGUGCAGCCCAGGGCCACAGGCAGAUCCAAGUGUUCGGUGCAUUGCAGAGUUCUGCUGACCGCCCAAGUCCUUGCACACAGCCCUGAACUGGCGGCGAGGGCCCUGCCCACUGGUGGAAUCCUGUGCUUGUUCCUCUUUCAACACCUCAGCCCUUUCUUGAGCAUGCUUUCAAAAUGUAAUGGCAAGGGGAGACUUUUGAGCUUACAUGGAGACGCUUGAGGUUGAUCCUUAAAUAAUGUCUCUGGAAGCUCUAACACGGUCAGUGAUGCACAAUUUGAACAUAAGUGAUAAACUGUAUAAAUAUAAUCAGUUAUCUGUUCCACUUUAAUUGUAUGACUUUUGCUUUGUAAGUACAGAGAAUUUGACACUACCUUUGUCCCCUUUUUAAAAUCAUUAAACAGCCAUGACAUACA